AUGUCAGUCAACGUAGUUCUCGGUGCGGGCGGCCCUACCGGGCAGGAGUGUGUCAAGCGCUUGCUUGAGGCCACAAGCGAGAAGGUCCGCGCCGUUGUGCGCAACCCCUCAAAGUAUGCUGAUGUGUUUUCCAAGAGUGACCGGCUGGAAGUGGUGGCGGGUGAUGUCACUGACGAGUCCAGCCUCAGGACAGCUCUCGAGGGCGCCAAGGGCGUGAUUUUCGCAGCCUCGGGCGUGGGCUACUGGAGCGCCAAGCCGGUGGACUACGAGGGCGUCGUCAAGACCGCCGCGGCGGCCAAGGCGGCCGGCACGGUGGGCCGCGUCGUGGUGGUCAGCUCGAUGAUGACUGACCCCGCCAACCGGUGGCACCCGGUGCGCAUCCUGCUCAACAACAUCAGGUACUCCCUGAUGGACUACAAGUACAAGGGCGAGGAGGCCCUGCGCAACAGCGGUGUGAGUUGGACGAUUGUGCGGCCGGGCGGACUCACCAAAGGCGAGCGCGGGAAGAGCAUCAUCACUGCCGUCAAGGACGUAACGAAGGAGGUGGGCAUGGGCUCCAUCAGCCGUGCAGACGUGGCAGCAAUCAGUGUCGAGGCCCUCACAAACCCCAAGGCCGCCAACGCCAAGUUCUCUGUCUUCUGCAAGAAGCCCGAGGAGCCGCUCGGGGGCGACUACAACGCACACGUCGCGUCUCUGUUCGGUUGA